UCCGAUCGAUCCAACUUGGCAUGCUCUACAGAUCGACAUCCUCGUCGACUACUAGUCGCAGCAGCAGCAGCAGCAGUAGUCUUCUACGGUCUACCAGCACCACCCAUCUAUCAGCUAGCUAGCAGCCCCCAACGCAGCAGCAAUGGAGCAAAUGGCCAAGUACUACUGGGCUAUGCUGGGCGCAAGCAGGACCGCCACCGCUGCGGCCACUAGCAGCGGCCUCAGGUCCUGGCCACCGCCGGCGCAUGCCGGCGAGCCGUCAUGGGAGGAGCUGGCGUUCGCCCAGGACGCGGCGGGGCACCUCGGCGGCUGCGUGUGGCCGCCGCGAUCCUACACCUGCACCUUCUGCCGCCGGGAGUUCAGGUCCGCGCAGGCCCUUGGCGGCCACAUGAACGUGCACCGCCGCGACCGGGCUCGCCUCCGGCAGUGCGCCUCGCCGGACCAUGAAGUCAUCCAGGACGCACAGAAGCAACAGUCGUCGAUUGCCUCUCCUCCUGCGGAUCACCAGCUUCAGCUGCAACCGCAGCCGGAAUCUCCCUUGUUCAGGCCCAAGCAGCAGGCAGUAUUAAUCUCUGGCCCUAAAUCUACUUUCAGUGAUCACCAAAGUUGCAAUAAGGAGGGGGCUGUGAUUAGCACUACUACUUCUCCUUCAUUCCUAUCAACCAUAAUCAAGGAGAGCACGAACAAGGUAGUCAUCUCCGUACCUGCAGCGACUGCGGGCAGCAAACAAGCUCUAGAAAUCGAUGAUGAUGAUGAGGAGGAGGAGGAGAUUGUGGCGGAAAGGAGGAGGAAGCGAAGAAGGCGAGUGGUCCAUCAGCAGCCAGAGGCGCUGCUCCCGCUCUUCUUCCUGCGGUCAUCCAAAGGAGUUGAACAUGAUGCAAAGGUACCACAAGUAAUUAUCAGACCUAGCCCCAAUUCAUCAUCACUUCAUCUUGCAGGCCGGCAAGAAGUGGAUCUGGAGCUCAGGCUUGGAAGUAGCAUUCCUAAAGUAGCGUGAUGAAUAGAUAAUUUCUUCCCUGCUGCAGUUUCAUCUAUAUAUCAUCAUUCUAUCUCCUCCUCGCUAUGGGGAUCGAGUUUGUGCAUGCACAACUGAAUCAUAUACUAGAUCCUUCGUUAUCGAUGAGGACUUUCCAAUUGUAUGUAUGCUCUUUCCCCUCUCUUAGCUUUCUCCAUUAAUUUGUCUCUAUGUUUCUUCAGUCAUCGUCUGCCCGAGAUGUUUUCGAUUU